UAUCAAAAAAAGUUUCCCAUUUCCUCUUUCGAAUAGAGUAUGAAUACUACAUUGACCCUUUUUCUGCUUAGUUUAUGUUUUUGGCCAGUGCUUAAUUUUCUUUUCUAUUAUAGAUAAGCUUCUUCUAGCGGGAAUAUAUCUAGUGAAUCGUUUUAUGUCAUAUAUAUUUUCUAUAUAUUCUAGCUACCGUUCAGUUUUUUACUUUCAAUUCGUGUCCAAGAAUGGUGGAGAAGAGAAAAAUUGAACUACUCUUUUCUUCUUCUAGCUCAUAGAAUUUUAUUAAUGAACAGAAAAUGUGGAAGUUGAAGAUAGCAGAAGGCGGGCCAUGGCUGGCAACGAAUGAAGAUGGAGGUUGGGGACUUCAUGUUGAAGGUCACAGCACGUUAAUGGGUUCAGCACUAUGUUACAUUGCCUUAAGGUUGUUAGGAGAGGGACCUGAAGAUGGGGAGGACAUGGCUAUGGCUAGAGGCAGAAAAUGGAUACUUGACCAUGGUGGUUUGUUGGGUAUUCCAUCAUGGGGAAAGUUAUGGGUGGCAACUCUUGGAGUGUAUGAGUGGGCAGGCUGCAACCCAAUACCCCCAGAAUUAUGGCUUCUCCCAAAGAGUUUUCCCAUUCAUCCAGGCAAAAUGAUGGGCUUGUUUCGCGCAAUGCUUAUGCCCAUGUCAUACGUGUAUGGAAAGAGGUAUGUGGGCACAAUCACCCAAUUAGUUAAACAACUAAGGGAGGAGCUUUACAAUGAGCCUUAUCAUCAGAUAAAUUGGAAUAAAGCUCGAAACACCAUUGCAAAGGAGGAUCUCUACUAUCCACAUCCUUUCGUACAAGAUCUGGCAUGGGGAUUCCUUUACCAUUUUGUUGAGCCAUUAUUUAUGCAUUGGCCAUUCUCUAUGUUGAGGGAAAAGGCAUUAAAAGUUGCAAUUGAGCAUGUGCAUUAUGAAGACCAAAAUAGCAGAUACUUUGGGAUUGGAGGUGUACACAAGGUACUAUGCCUCAUUGCAUGUUGGGCGGAAGAUUCAAACUCAGUAGAGUGCAAGCGACAUUUAGCCAGAUUGCCAGAUUUCUAUUGGGUUGCAGAAGAUGGCUUGAAAAUGCAGUCUUUAGGCAGUCAAACGUGGGAUGCAAGUUUUUCUGUACAGGCUAUUAUCUCUAGCAAUCUAUGUGAUGAAUAUUGGCCAACACUUCGUAAAGCACAUGAUUUCAUAAAAGCUUCACAGUUAUUCAAGUUUAUUACAAAUUUUAACUAAUCUAUUUCUAUAAAGCAUUUCUUGAAUC